AUGUUCGUUUCUUUCUUUCUUUUCCGAAUGUUUCUUUCUCUCUUUCUUUCUUUCUUUCUUUCUUUUUUUCUUUCUUUCUUUCUUUUCCUAAUAUUUCUUUUUUUCUUUUCCGAAUAUUUCUUUCUUUCUUUCUUUCUUUCUUUCUUUCUUUUCCGAAUAUUUCUUUCUUUCUUUCUUUCUUUUCCUAAUAUUUCUUUCUUUCUUUUCCGAAUAUUUCUUUUUUUCUUUCUUUCUUUCUUUCUUUCUUUCUUUCUUUCUUUCUUUCUUUCUUUUCCGAAUAUUUCUUUCUUUCUUUCUUUCUUUUCCGAAUAUUUCUUUCUUUCUUUCUUUCUUUUACGAAUAUUUCUUUCUUUCUUUCUUUCUUUCUUUCUUUCUUUUCCAAAUAUUUCUUUCAUUUUUUCUUUCUUUCUUUCUUUUUGUCUUUCUUUCUUUCUUUCUUUUUCCUUCCGUUCAUCAUUCAUCUAUCUAUCUAUCUAUCUAUCUAUCUAUCUAUCUAUCUAUCUAUCUAUCUCAUUUCUUUCUUUCUUUUUCUUUAUUUCUAUUUGCGUAUUUUCCUUCGAUUUGGUUCAUUUCUUUCUUUCUAAAAACUAUCCUUUCUUUCUAUUUUCUGUAAUAAUCUACUCUUCCUUCUUUCUUUCCUGUUUUUAUCUGGUACUUUUAUUUUACACACACAAAUGUUCUUUCCUUUUUUUUUCUUCUUUCCUCCCUGCUUCUUCUGUCUCUUUAUAA